UGGAGUUUUCAUCACCUAGGCCACUUAGAUGGAGAAUAAAAGGAAUGUGACUGAAUUCAUUUUAAUAGGUCUAACACAGAACCCCAAAAUACAGAAGGUAGUAUUUGUGAUAUUUUUGGUUCUGUACAUGACAACACUCUCAGGCAACCUGCUGAUUGUGGUUACCAUUAUCAGCAGCCAGGCUCUAAGCUCCCCCAUGUACUUCUUCCUGAGCCACCUGUCCUUUAUAGACACAAUUUAUUCUUCUUCUUCAGCUCCUAAGCUGAUCAUGGACUCCCUUCAAGAGAAAAAAGUCAUCUCUUUUAAUGGAUGUAUGGCUCAAGUCUACGCAGAACACAUUUUUGGUGCUACUGAGAUCAUCCUGCUCACAGUGAUGGCCUAUGACCGCUAUGUGGCCAUCUGCAAGCCUCUGCACUACACAACCAUCAUGAGCCACAAACUAUGCCUUCUCCUGGUGGGAGUGGCCUGGACCGGGGGAUUUCUCCAUGCAACCAUCCAAAUCCUCUUYACCGUCUGGCUGCCCUUCUGUGGUCCCAACACCAUUGAUCACUUUAUGUGUGACUUGUACCCUUUGCUGAAACUUGUCUGCAUGGACACUCACACCCUCGGUCUCUUUGUUGCUGCCAACAGUGGGUUCAUCUGCCUGUUUAACUUUCUCCUCUUGAUGGUAUCCUAUGUGAUCAUCUUGCGUUCCCUAAAGAACCAUAGUUUGGAAGGGAGGCGUAAAGCUCUCUCCACCUGUGUGUCGCACAUCACAGUAGUCCUCUUAUUCUUCGUGCCCUGCAUAUUUGUCUAUCUGCGCCCCGUGACCACUCUGCCAAUGGAUAAARCUGUUGCCAUCUUUUAUACGAUGGUAGCCCCUAUGUUAAACCCUUUAAUCUACACCCUCAGAAAUGCUGAGGUAAAAAAUGCAAUCAGGAAGCUCUGGAGAAAAAAAGUGACUUCAGGUAACAAUUAAACAGAAUCGCUGAACAUUACAUACA